UCUCAAACUUCAUCAAUAUUUUUAAUCAAAACAUUCUCCGACAGUCGGUGUUAUUUCUGCCGGUGAUUUGUAAAUUAUUAAAUAUACAAUGGCUGCUCGCAAUGUCUUAAAACUGGGAGCCCUAGAGGCUCAGAAGACGGCCUUUCUGCUAUGUGACAUACAAGAAACUUUUAGACCGCAUAUCAAAUACUUUAGCGAAGUAGUCAAAGUGGCAAACAAAAUGAUGGAAGCAGCAAAACACUUCAAAAUUCCCGUAUAUGUCUCGGAGCAGUAUCCCAAAGGUCUCGGCCAUACAACUAAAGACAUCAAUGUAUGUGACGCAGCCCUGGUGUAUGAGAAGACUAAGUUCUCCAUGUAUACUCCUGAGUUAGAGGAGAAGUUGAAGAAAGAUGUGCCUGAUUUACAGUCUGUUGUACUGUUCGGGAUUGAGGCCCACGUAUGCAUAGAGCAGACUGUGAUCGACUUGCUGAGCAAGGACUUGGUAGUACAUGUGCUAGCCGAUGGAGUGUCUUCUAGAUCCCUCAUGGAUAGAGGGCUUGCACUACAGCGUCUGCAAUCCAUCGGGUGUUUUGUGGGCACUUCGGAAAACGUGCUUUUCAAGCUAUUACGCGACAAGAACCACCCGGCUUUCAAACAUGUAUCUAAGCUUAAUAUUACGCCUAGCGCUGACGAGUUUGGGCAGAAAAUUAAUCAGAUGUAGAAAGUUCUAGAAUGAAGGCUCAUUUUUAAUGGUCGUUAGAUCCGUUCACAAUAUUUUAUUUACAGCGGAUUUCAAUAACUGAUCCGUCCGUUGUGUUUUAUGAUUGGAGAUCGCAGACCAAAAGAAAGAUCGGUUAUUAAAUAUGCAUUUUUCUGUUGAUUUGAUAGAGUUAGAAUUUUGAGCUUAGCCCUAUAUCAGCAUGUCAAAUUCCUAUCGCUAGUAGUAAGUACAACAAUAGAUAGAUAUAUAAUAUUGGGAAUGGCCGUUAGUCUUUAUAUAUGCGGAGAUGUCUCAGAUUGUGGCCUAAACCUUUUAAAUUCAUCUGCUAAUGUGAAAAACAUCUCCUCAAUUAAUGUGUAAAAAAAAUACGCGAUGAAGAAUACCCGCUUGCGGGUUAUCUAAUGAUCGAUUAAAAGAACAAGAAUCUACCGCAACCCGAAAGCGUGUAAUGACCAAUGAAAAUGAGCCUUAAAACGGAGAUAAUUAUAAGAUUUUAAAGGAAAGACUCGAAUAGUAAAAGCCAAGAUUUUACAUCAUUUAUAGAUAUGGAAACAAUGCUCGAAAUAUGCUAUUGAACAAACUUGCUCAAAUAUUACUGUGAGUUGCACCAUUUAACUAAUACGAUAGGUAACCGAACCAUUUUCAGUUGUCAAAUCUCUGAUUAGACCAAUGCGCGGCAAGUACACGGCUGGUUAUGGUUUGGUUAUCUUUAGGCGUCGUCCUAAUUGGCAGCGAUCGCACGAUGGCGCGAUGCGUUUUUCGUCUAAGACGUCGUCCUAAUUGACAGCAAUUGUACGAUGACACGAUGCGUUCUCGUCGUUCGAUGAGUUCAAACAUACAGAUUUCAUCAGAGUGUCCUAUUUGAACCUCGCAAGUGAGAUAGUGAGAUCGUGAGAUGAAAAACGCAUCGCGCCAUCGUGCGAUCGCUGCCAAUUAGGACGACGCCUUACAGUUAAAUGGUACAUAUCGGUUUUUUUUUCGUGCAGGUUUUUGAUUAUCACACCUACUAUUUAUUAUAUUGGUUUCCAGUAUUUUAAAUAUUUUUUAAACCAAAGCAAAUCCCAAAUCACUUCUAUUUUUCUUGGCUUAAAAAAGGGGAGGGAUACGAAACUGAUUUUAUGGAAAAGAUUUUAAAAUAUAAUUUAAAUCAUGUGAUUAUAAUAUGUAGGUGAAGGUAUACUCAUACAAACAAACAUUUUAAAAAACAAGGUUUUUGGUGGACUUAUUUCUUACCUGCUUGAAACGAGGCUUGAAAAUAAUUUAUAAAUAAUAUUUUUUUAUCAUUGUAUUAUUUGCAAAAAUAAUAGAACUUCAGAAACGAAAUAUACUUAUUAAAUAUAAGUUUAUUUAAAUAAAAAUGUCCUCGCUAUUACAUAAGGAGAGUUGUACAGAAAACUUAUUUCAUCACUUAGAACUUAAGACUGAUGUUCAAAGAAAAAUAUAAUAACUUAUGUAAAUAUUUUGGAAUAAAGUAGAUUAUUUUAUGCGGUUUUCACAUCACACGAGCGCAAGAUAUGUUUUUUUUUAAAUCAAAUAGGUAUUCAUAUGCUAUUUUUAAACUGCGCUCAAAAUGCCAUGUAUAUAAAUAAAAUCUGUAUUUAUUAUAAUAAUGCAAACAUUUAGAGAAAGACACCGCAUGAAAAGCAUUGUUUGUGGUUUGUAUCGACCAAAAAAAAAUUUGAAAAAAAUAAAAAAAACUUGAAAUUUUAGAUAUAUAUACUCCUUAUCCUUUUCCAUAUUCAAGAGCGCUCGUGAAAUGUCAAAAACCUAGUAAAUAAAAUAGGUAAUACAAUUAUUUAUUAAAUUGUAUUAUAAAUGCAAAUA